GGUGAAGUAUUUUGCUGAAGUCUGCAGCUGAAUCAGUCAUUUCUUUUUUUCUCCAGCAUAACGAAGAGUUAAUGAAGGAGCUAGAAGACCUGAAACAGGAGCUGUACAAACAAAGCAAAAGCAGUGAGGAAAUAAAGCAGCAGAAUGCAGAGCUGUCACAGAAGAUUCGCUGCCUGUCUUCCAAGAUCUCAGCUAAGGAUUUGCAUAUGGACGAUUUGCAUCAGAAACUGGACAUGGCUGAACGGAGGAUCCAACAGCUCUCAGGGUCAGUUCACCAGCUCCAGACAGAAAGAGAUCACUAUGUAAAGAAACUGAAGGAGGUGCGGAGAAUGUGGCAGCAGUAGGUGCAGCAGUUCUCUGAGCAGGUAACACCAGGGGCAGCGUCACAGCUGCUCUAGACAAACACAGGCAGGAGUGAAUGCACCAUGAACGUUGUUUUAAC